AUGGUAUACAAUCAUGAAAAUACUAUCCUCAAAGAUUUUCCUCUGACUCAAUUGUUGAAUUUAAAAGAUAUCAACGUGGGCGGUCUGUACGAUAUUUACCAAAAUAAUCCCAACCCGAUCUUCAUGUGCUCAAACGAAUUAAACUCUCUAUCCAUACUCAAAGCUUACAGCAUGAUAUACAUGAUCGAUAUAUUAAACAAAAAAUUGUUCAUACCUUCGUACAAUAUAAGCAUAGGAUAUUUCAUUGUGCCUACAUGUUUUCACGUUGCAACUACCCAAAUUCAAUGCAUAAUUAAAAACGAUAUCAGGUAUAAAAUUGGUUUGGUAGGUUUGAUCGGUCCAUCUUAUAGCCAAAGCGCAUUCUUCACAUCACCAUUAUUAUCAUAUUAUAAAUUACCGCAUAUUAGUCCUGAAGCAAGUGCUGUGCAGCUUAAGGGAAGAAAAUUCAAUUACCUAUUCCAAAUAACUUCGAAUCAAAUAUUCUAUCUCAAUGCUAUACUCAGCUUACUUCAACUCUUCCGAUGGAAUGAAAUAUUAAUAAUUUAUUCACCUAUACCGUAUUUUGCUUGGUUUAGGGAUCAAAUGAACAUCGCAGCUACCCGUGAUAAUUUUUGCAUUUGGCUUGAAAUCGAGAUCAAAACGGCAAGAGUAGCAUUGCUAUUCAUUUCCGAUUAUCAAUUUGAGUAUGUCAUAAAUUUGAUACAUUCGGUAUAUGCCGCUCCCAAUUUUAUAUAUAUUGGGAUUGAUUCAUGGCCUUCGACAAAUCAAUUAGUAAAGUCGGGAUUGGCGAAAAUUGUUGAAGGAGCUAUAACGAUUUCUCAAUUUGGUAGUGAUGACUCAACGCAUUAUUCCUCUUGGUUGUCAAAUAGGGAUGAAGUUCUAACUACAGAGCAAGAACAUCAAUGGUAUUUUGGCAUCAAAGAUAGGCUCUCUAGUCAUGAAAACAAUUCAAACACUAGCUACAUGAUCAAAUUUGAUAAAACGGUUUCUUUAAGUAUGGAUGCCACCAUGGCUUUACUUUAUUCCAUAGAUGAUCUCAUAAAGAAUAAAUGUUAUAACAUAGAUAAAAUGCAAAUGAAAAAUUGCAUAAUUGAUAAUGAUUUAAAAACUUAUAUACAAAAUUUAUCAUUUUAUGGGUUGUCCGGUAAAAUUGAGUUUGGUUUAGAUCGAUCCGUAAACAAUCCUUUAAAAAUUGGUAACUUUCUCGAAGUCAAUGGUGUUUACGAUAUAUUUACAGUAGGAAAUUACAAUUUUCACAAAGAAAACGGGAGCCAAUUAAAAUUAAUAACAAACUUUAGAUGGAGGAAUUACACUUAUUACAAUUAUCUAACUGCUCCAACUUCCAGGUGCUCAGCACCUUGCAAAAUUGAUGAAUUACAAAUGACAACUUCAAGUAAAUGUUGUUGGAUAUGUCGCACUUGUUUUGGGCGAACUAUUUUUACGGCGUCAGAUCUGUUAAGGGCCAAUAAUUUUCAAAGGUGCAUAUCAUGUCCGAUUUACAAAUGGCCCAGUUUAAAUAAGACCGUAUGUGUAGACAUGCCAAAUUUUUAUAUCAGAGACUUUAAGAAAUAUUGGAAAAUAAUAAUAGUUCUAUCAUCAAUGGGGAUCAUUUUUGCUAUAUCUAUGGUUAUAUUUUACGUAAAACAUUAUCAAACUACCCCUUUCAAAUUAGAAUUUCAAUCAUUAUUAUAUUUACAAUAUGUGGGAAUAUUUUUUGGAUUUAUAUCCGUAUUUCUUAUAACUAAUCAUCAACCCAAUGAACCAAAAUGUGGGGCAGCUUUAUUCUUUUACUUGUUAUCCAUUUCCCUGAUUUUUGGUGCUUUGCUAAGUAAACAAAGUAUAAUAAUCAAACGAUUAAAAAUUAACAAACCCGGGUUCAAGGAUGUUAAAUAUGAAAAGCGAGCUCUUAUCAUGGCUAUUCUAAUAGUUUCGGUUCAGGAAUCGGAACUACCCGGGAUCAUCAUGGGUUUUAAAGGGACACCUAAAAAAUUAGGGAUUUUAUUUAAGAAAUGA